AUGGAUGAAAUGCCAGGGAAGAUUCCGGUAAAAGCGACGCUUGUCAUCGUCCCUCCUCACUUGACUAGACAAUGGAACUCCGAGGUCAAGAAGUUCACUGGAAGCCGCUUUAAGGUCGUCGUGCUUUCAACAGCGACCAAUCUUAAUUCGUUGACCAUUGAAGCAGUCCAAGAGGCCGAUAUAGUCGUCGUCGCUUCCAACUUGUUCCAUAGCAGCGUUUACCUUGCCAAUCUAGAGGCGCUUGCUGGUGCUGGCAGUCUGCCUAUUCGGGAUGGUCGAUACUUCAACGCUCGCUUGGUGACUGUCCUCGAAUCCCUUGGUGGUCAAGUAGAUCGGUUGCGAGAUGAUGGUCCUGCUGCCGUGCUGGAGCAGAUCAAGACUGGCCGAGAGCUUGAUGAGGACGAGGAUAACUUCUUCGUCCCUACGAAGCGCCUCAAAGGCAAGAGCUAUCGAGAUGCUGCGGAGGUUUCCGAGCCAGGAAAGAAGUUGAAGUCUUCUAAGUCAGCCUCCAACGCCACUUCCUCUAGAAGCAGCCCGAAGUCGGGAGUUAUCAUGGAGGUCGUCAUUCCUGUCACAAAGAAACGACGCCUGUCUAUCUCAUCCAGUGUGGCAUCUUCGUCGGCGGCUGAGACUACUCAGGCGGAGGAAGACGAUUCUGAUUCUCCACGACCUCCCGCACGCAGGCUGACAAAAGGCCGCCCCGUCAUGCUCUCUGAUGAUGAAGAGGACAAUAAUAACUCUGACGACGAUUUCGAGCCUGAUGACGAUGACCCCAAGCCAAAGCGUAGCACCAGGAAGGCCGUCUAUGUGAAGCGCUCCAAAAAGGUUUCAAAGUCUUCUGACUAUGAGGAAUCACCGGCUGAAGAAACGGAGUCAGAAGCCGAGUCUAUCGCAGACGUCUCGAUGGCGUCUGAAGACGAACGACCGAGAAAGAAAGCUGCGCCAAAGCCCAAGGCGAAGGCGAAGGCGAAAACGAAAGCGAAGGUUUCUGCCCGGAAGUCAGCAACUACUUCUUCCGACGAUAUUAUGGACGUCGACGAGACUGACUCUGCUAAGCCGAAGAAGACUUCCAGGAAACGUAAAGCUGAUGACGAAGACGCGAAACCUGUGAAGAAGCAAAAGAAGCGCGAGGAUACUGAUCCUUGGAAGCUGAAAUCGGGCGCAGUCAAGUCGGACUGGACUCGAAUGCAGGCUCCGCCGCUGGAGAUGUUCCACUUUUCUCGCAAGGUCGUCGAUGAAUAUACUUAUCUUGACGGCAAAAUCCAUUCUAUGGUGACAAACUUGACUGCUGAGCGCCAUUGGGUUCUUUCUGGCACUCCGCCUAUUCACGAUUUUGCGGCCCUUAAGACCAUUUCUGCGUUCCUGGAUCUCCAUCUCGGUGUCGACGAUGAUGGUGAGGGUCAGUCCGUGCAAGUCAAGAAGCGUAGACGAGAGCAGACUGCCGUGGAGAAAUUCCACUCCUUCCGUGAGGUACACAGCUUGGAAUGGCAUGCCCAUCGGCACGAUAUUGGGCAAGCUUUCCUGAAUCAUUUUGUCCGUCAGAACAUCGCCGAGAUCGACGAAAUUCCGUCGAGUACGGAGAUCAAGAAGGUCAUCCUGCCGGCAGCUGAGAGGGCCAUUUACUUGGAACUCGAGCACCAUCUUCGGGCUUUGGACAUGACAGUCAAGCGUGGAAAGAAAAGUGAGAGUGAUCGGGAGAAACGUGUAGCUCAGGCCCUUGGUGAGAGCGGCACCGCCGAAGAAGCGCUUCUGAAACGAUGCUCCCAUUUCGAGCUCGAUACUUCAAACAGGGAGAAUGCCAUGAAGGCAUGCGAGGUCAUUGUCGACGAGCGCAAGAAGCAGCUCGAGAAUUGCAAAGUCGAGCUGCUGAAACGUCUUGGCGAGGCUGUCGCGAUGGAGAAGAAGAUUGGCAAGGUCCAGGAGGAAUCGCUCUUCCGGGAGUUCGUUCGCGUCACACGGAGUGAAGGUGUUGGGGACGAAGAUGCUACGGAGGAAGUCCAGGCGCUACUAGACAAGGCGAACGUUCCUGCCUCGAAAACGGGAACCAGUCAAUCUGAUAGAGGCAAGGGCAAGUCUAAGGACGAAAACCUGCCCAGUAAAACGAAGGACCUCAUUUGGGAUCAUCGCGAGCAGACCCAUGAGAUUCGUCGUCUGACUAAGGAGCUGGUUGGUCGAGUAAGAUCUUUGCGCUACUUCACUGCUGUUCGCGAUCUGCAAAGGCAAGUGGACGUUCCUCCCGUCGUUUCAUGCCCUGUGUGCGAGCGGGACGAGGUCCCAAUCAGCGAAAUUGCUGUCCUCUCGUCAUGUGGACAUAUGGGUUGCCUCAAGUGCGUCAUGGAGUGCGCGGAGAAAGAGGAAUGUGUUUAUGCUGCCUCUGGAAAGUGCAAGGCCGCUGCUCGGGUCCUCAACGUUGUGAAGGGCGACACAUUAGGUGUUGACGACGAAGCGCGCGAUGGACGCGGUAAACACUACGGCCUCAAGCUCGAGCAAGUUAUCAACCUGAUUAAGAAAAAGAUCCCCCGCGAUGAGCGUGUACUCAUCUUUGUGCAGUUUCCGGACUUGAUGAAGAAGGUUGCUGAAGCACUUGAGGCAAACAGGAUCGAGUUCCUAGAGAUCAAGGGCUCCGCAUCGCAGAAGAGUAAAAAUCUCGAGAAGUUCCAAAACGACAGCAGCGAGCGCGUCCUAUUGCUGAAUGUUAUGGACGAAAGUGCAAGUGGAGCCAAUCUGACGUCUGCAAGCCAUGCGAUCUUCCUUUCACCUUUGCUUGCUCCUUCGCAAGAAAUUUACGACGCUUGCGAGACUCAAGCCGUUGGCCGUCUGAGGCGCUUCGGGCAGACGAGACUUGUCAACAUCUACCGGUUCCUCAGCACAAACACUAUAGAUGUAGAGAUCUACGAACAGAGGACGAAGACGAAGAUUUAG